UUUGAGCUGCAGUGUCUUCUAGCAGCGGUUGGGUAAGGGAAUGCAGCUGUCCGCUGUCCGGGAAGCAUAACCAUAUAUACCCAUAGAGACAACACACGGCCCUUUGAGCUGGACUAGACCUGCCUCCUUCUACUGCCGGAGAAACCCGACACACACACAUCCCGAUCACCGUGGAGCAAAGACUCUAUCCACAAGGCGAGAGGUAAAGAGCGGAGCCGCGAGCAUGGCUGUCGAAGAGGAAGGGCUUCGGGUUUUCCAAAGCGUCAAAAUAAAAAUAGGUGAGGCGAAGAACAUCCCUCCGUACCCAGGUCCCAACAGGAUGAGAGACUGUUACUGUACUGUCAACCUGGAUCAGGAGGAGGUCUUCAGAACCAAGAUCAUCGAGAAGUCUCUGUGCCCCUUCUAUGGAGAGGACUUUUAUUGUGAAAUCCCCCGUAGUUUCCGCCAUCUGUCCUUCUACAUCUUCGACAGAGACGUGUUCAGGAGGGACUCCAGCAUCGGUAAGGUAGCAGUGAAGAAAGAAGACCUCCAGAGGUAUCAUGGUAAAGACACCUGGUUCCCUCUGAGACACGUCAGCGCAGACUCAGAGGUUCAGGGAAAGGUCCACAUAGAGCUGCGUCUCAGUGAGGUCAUCACAGACAGCGGAGUCGUCUGUCAUAAACUGGCCACACGUGUGUUGGAGUGCCAGGGCCUGCCCAUCGUGAAUGGACAGUGUGAUCCGUACGCUGCGGUCUCCCUGCUGGGCCCAUCCAGAUCAGAAGCUAAGAAGACCAAGGUGAAAAGGAAAACCAACAACCCCCAGUUUGAUUGA